GCAGCCACAACAUGGGGCUUCUUUGCCUUUCUCGUUAAUUAGACGGGAGAGAGCUCAAUGCGUGGCACCUGGUUGACAAUGGAUUAAGCGGCUAGAGACAGGGAGCGAGCGAUCCCUUCAAAGAAGAUACUGCUUCGUCUGCAUCCCUGACGCUUUAUCAGUCCCUAACACUCAACUGCUUCUUUCUGCGCAGCAGCAGCAGCAGUCGCGGCGGCGCUUCCUCCUUACAACUGGAAGUCUGUAAUGGAGGGGAGCAGCAGCAGCAGCAGCAGCCAGAUGGUACAUUACCACCAAGAGCCUUUCCAGUCUGGGAGAAGAGAAGGAAGGGAAGUUAUUGUGGAGUUGAUGAACUUUGCACAUCCAUAGAAACGCCAUUUUGAAUUUGAUUCCUUUCCCCCCCUCCCUCCGGAACAAACUUUGCUUCUCUUUUUUAUUUUGUGUGCGUUUUUUUCUUUCCCAUCUCCUCUUUUUCCGAUCUUUUUUUUUUAAACAACAACAAUCUCAUCGGUUCAGCUUUUCCAUCAUGGCUCGACCCAAACAGCCCAGCCCCGAGGAAGCCAAACGUGUAAAGUGCACUUCCGAAGAGCAAUUCGAAGCUUAGAAAGGGGCACUCUUGAAUUGGUACUCCAUCAGUACUGACAGAGAAGUAACUCCACUGGUCACCUUAUACUAUUGGAUCCUCAUUUGUACCAACACCUGAGAAGCAAGGGCAGAUUUGCAAUGUCAAAGUGCUAACAGGUGCUGCUGAGGAAAAGGCUCUGUUUGGAUCUAGAUGGUGAAAAACUUAAUACGUUACCCACCAGAAGCAAAGAGGGGAAUCUUUACUGGACGGUGUCAAAAGAAAAUGAAGUUCCAGAGAACCAACUCGGAAGCUUAAGCAGUUUUACAGCAGCACUAGAGUUACCCAACUGUUUAGAAGAUACAGAUUUGUUCUCCAUUGACAACAUGAUGGCAGCUGUCAUGAGCCUGGGAAAGAUAGCUGAAAAUGGCACCACGGCCACUCAAAAUGUCAAAUCUCCAUCCAAAACGCUUGUUCCAAAUCGGAUUGGUAGGAGGAACCAGGAAACAAAAGAUGAUAAGUCUUCCUAUAUAUGUCCUCUGUGUGAAAAGAUUUGCACUACUCAACAUCAGCUGACUAUGCAUAUUCGUCAGCAUAACACUGACACUGGAGGGACAGACCAUUCCUGCAGCAUCUGUGGAAAGUCUUUGAGCUCGGCAAGCUCGCUUGAUCGCCAUAUGCUGGUGCAUUCAGGUGAAAGGCCUUAUAAAUGUUCAGUGUGUGAUCAGUCCUUCACGACCAAUGGAAACAUGCACAGGCAUAUGAAAAUCCACGAGAAGGACCCAAAUGGCACCACAAGUACAACACCUCCUUCCCCACUGAAACGCAGGCGGGUGCCCACCAAACGAAAACUCAGUCAAGAGCCCGAGAUGGACAAGGAGGAGCAAAGACCAGCAAAAAAGCAGGUUGUGGAGGAACCACAAAGUGGCAAAGCUGAGAAGAAAGCUGAGGAAGAAGUGUAUCGUUGUCCAGUGUGUUUCAAGGAGUUUCCUUGCAAGUAUGGGCUGGAAACCCACAUGGAGGCGCAUCCAGAUACCUCACUGAGGUGUGACACCUGUUGUAUUACCUUCCGCACCCACCGGGGCUUGUUGCGGCAUAAUGCAGUCAUUCACAAGCAGCUUCCGAAAGACCUGUUGGGAAAGCCGUUUAUUCAGAACAACCCUUCAAUUCCAGCAGGCUUCCAUGACUUGGGAUUCACAGACUUCUCCUGCAAAAAAUUUCCCUACAUUUCUCAGGUCUGGUGUGAAACAAAUCUGCGGAGGUGCACCAGUGAUAAACAUAAAUAUGUCUGUGAGUUGUGCAACAAGGCAUUCCCCAUGCUCUCAGCACUCAAGCUGCACGGAAAAACGCAUGCAACGGAUCAGGGAAGUGAAAAGCACAAAGUGCAGUCAGAGGAUGCAGACCUGAAAGCUUACAUGGCGUCCCUGGGACUGCAGCACACCAAAGACAUCAAGCCUGUUGAUCAGGAGGAGCUUGUGCCAGAUGAGGUCCAAGAAGUGCAGCUAAGAGCCCUGAACUGUAACCUACCUCAGGAACCUGGCAGUGCUACUCAGCGGAAUGUGUCCCCUCUGGAGGCUGCUUCUGUGGGAGGGCCUUUUUCAGUCCUUCCAACAAAAGAGAACAUGAAGCUCCUGUCACUGCAGCCUUUCCAGAAAGGCUUCAUAAUUCACCCUGACAAUAGCAUUGUUGUCAAACCCAUUUCUAGCGAGUUAGCAGACAUCCAGCAGAUCUUAAAGAUGGCUUCUUCAGCAACCCCUCAGAUCAGCCUCCCACCCCUUUCUAAGGCACCUCCUGUCUCCAUGCAACCCUUAUUCAAGCAUAUGCCUCCACUGAAGCCAAAGCCCUUGGUAGCACCUCGGACUGUUGUCGCAGCUUCAACUCCUCCUCCACUGGUCAACACCCAGCAAGCCUCACCCGGAUGCAUCAGUCCAAGCCUUCCUCCAGUGCCACCCAAGCCGGUCACAACCUCUGAAGAGUCCACUUCAGACUUGCAACUUCCAUGCAGUAAGUCGGGAACCAAAAGCAGCCCUUCUCCCCGAGCCAAGAUGGAGCCUUCGAGUCAGCAUGAAAUAAAAACCCAAUUGGAGCAAGACAGCAUCAUAGAAGCCUUUCUGCCUUUGACCAUGGAGGCAAAAAUCAAACAAGAGGUAACCGAGCGUGACCUCAAGGCCAUCAUUGCUGGGGCAGCAAACAAGAAGACUCCAGCCAUGAGGAAAGUCUUGUACCCAUGCCGUUUCUGUGACCAGGUGUUUGCUUUCUCGGGGGUCUUGAGGGCUCACAUCCGCUCCCACCUGGGCAUCUCCCCUUACCAGUGCAACAUCUGUGACUACAUUGCAGCUGACAAGGCGGCCCUGAUCCGCCACUUGAGGACACACAGUGGGGAGAGGCCAUAUAUCUGCAAGCUCUGCCACUACCCUUUCACAGUGAAGGCCAACUGUGAAAGGCACCUGCGCAAGAAGCACCUCAAGAUGACGAGAAAGGAUAUAGAGAAGAGCAUAGAAUACGUCACCAGCAAUGCAGCGGAGAUGGUGGACGCCUUCUGCUCCCCAGACACAGUGUGCAAGUUCUGUGGAGAGGACCUGAAGCAUUACCGCGCCCUCCGAAUCCACAUGAGGACGCACAGCAGCUGCCAGAAGAAGAAGCCAUUUGAAUGCAAGGAGUGCGGCACAGCUUUCUCGGCCAAGCGGAACUGCAUCCAUCAUAUCCUCAAGCAGCAUUUGCACAUCCAGGAGAGGGAGAUCGAGAGCUACGUGCUGACAGUGGACUGCAUCCCUCCCGAGAGCCAGUCAGGCUCUUUGCUACUGGAAGACAGCACUUACAUGGACUGCAAGCCCAUCACACCUUUCUUGGAAUCGCAAAAUGGCUUCUUAAGGGGUGCCCCUUCUCAUGCAUCGAUCAAACUUGAAUCUGCAACUAGCUUCCCUAUGGAUUUUGAUGAGCCUCUAGAUUUCUCGCAAAAGAACAAAAACCUGAACUCUGUACUAGUAAAACAGGAGAGCCAGUUUGGUGGUUCUCUGUAUGACUGUUCCAUGGAGCCCAUAGACUUGUCAAUCCCCAAAGCUCCAAAGAAGGACAAAGAUGAUACCCCGAGUGAGGAUAAGAAGCAAGAGCGCCUCGUUGGGAAUGAUGAGAAGCUUCAUAACUGUCAGCAGUCUCCUCCAACUAAUGGCAACCUGGAAACGAACAGAGCUCUCAGACAUUCCCAGCCAUUGAAGGGUCCACUGCAUUUGACGGUCCCAAUCAUUUCUCCAACUCUUCUGGGGAGUUCUGCCUUGCUGCGCCCCUUGAGGCCUAAGCCACCACCUUUGUUGCCAAAGCCUCUCAUAACGAAAGAGCUGCCCCCCCUGGCUUCCAUUGCCCAGAUUAUUUCAUCUGUGUCUUCUGCUCCCGCUUUGCUGAAAACGGAGGUCACAGACUCUGCUCCCGAGGUAGCCGGCAGCAGCGCCGCUGGGUCUGAUAAGCUGGGGAACUCCAAACCAAAGGCGACAAUCAUGACUGCUGUCCAGAUCGAUCCCAGCAUUCCCAGUGACUUGACCCAAAGGGCACACAGCCCAAAUGGGCCACAGAAAUCUGCUGCCCGUGGGUCUGCUAGGAAAAGAGGGAGGAAGAAAGGAAUGAAGAACAAGGCCAGAGCGAGCAGCAGUGUGGACCUGGAAUCAAGUGGGGAGUUUGCUAGCAUCGAGAAGAUGCUGGCAACCACAGAUACAAACAAGUUUAGCACAUUUCUGCAGUCCACUGCAGACUUCAAAGAAGCCAGCGACAGAAAUGGAACCAGCGAGGAAGAGAGAGAAACCGCCGAUGACACACUGCUGAGAGGAAAGAAAAAUGCCUACUCAAAUGGCAUUCAGAAAAUCAACUGUCCUCAUUGCCCUAGAGUCUUUCCCUGGGCAAGUUCCUUACAGCGGCACAUGCUUACUCAUACAGGUCAGAAGCCCUUCCCCUGUCAAAAAUGUGAUGCCUUCUUUUCCACCAAAUCUAACUGUGAACGCCACCUCUUACGCAAACACGGAGUUGCCAACUACUGUCUGAGAAGAAACGGGCUUAUCCCCCAGUCUAAAGAAAGUGAUGCUGGAGCUCAUGAUAGCACAGACAGUCAGUCGGAUCUGGAGAACACAAGUGCAGGAAGUGAAGCACUAGAUUUGACCUCUGGUGAGAGAGGCCACCCAGAGGAGGUAAAUGAACUUCUAGAGCAGGAGUACAGCCCCAAAGAAGAAGAGGAGGAGAAGGUUGAUUCAUCCCAAGGAGAGGAAGAUGCGCAAGGGAAAAUAAGUGAAGAUGAAGGAGGACCGGAAGAAGACUCUGUCAGCAACAGAAGCCUUGACCUCAAUUUUGCUAGCAAGCUGAUGGAUUUCAAGCUGGCCGAGAGUGACCAGAGCACAGGCAGUGGCACUCAGACUGAAAAGAAACAUACCUGUGACACUUGUGGGAAAUCCUUCAAGUUUGCUGGCACAUUGGGUCGGCACAAAAAGGCUCAUGUGCACGAAGAUAGGAAGGAUGAAAAGAGCAGUGAGGAUGAAAGCAAAAAUGUUCAGGAUACAGCCCAGGUCCCUCUUGCUCAGGAUCCCUCUCUUGAGCAGGAAGAGUCUACAAAGGACAUCAAAGUAGCAGAGUCUCCCACAGAUGGCGAGGCAACAGGAAAGGAGAACGAGGAGAGUGAAAGCAUCUCUGAGGGGGAGAGCACAGAAAGAAAAUCGUCUGAGAAGAGUGAUGACGACAGGAAGCCAAAAGCUAAUGGUGGGACUAAGAAUGAAUCCAAGGCAGACAAAAGGAAGAAAGUCUGUACAGUGUGCAACAAGCGCUUUUGGUCUCUACAAGACUUGACAAGGCACAUGAGAUCCCAUACAGGGGAGCGACCUUACAAGUGUCAAACCUGUGAACGGACCUUUACACUGAAGCAUAGCUUGGUUCGCCACCAGCGUAUCCACCAGAAGGUAAAGAAUGCGAGGAACCACGGGAAGGAGAGUGACAGGGAGGACACCCGCUCAAGAGGUGACGAAGACAGCGAAAAUGAGUCUCUCCAUAGCAGCACCAACCCUGUUUCAGAAAAUGAGUGUGACUCGCUUGUAGGGCUUGGUAGCCAUUCCCCAGUCACUAGAAGCCGGAAAGAGAACCUUGCCAAUGCUGCAAAGGAUUUUGUUUGCAAGGAGGACAGGCCUGGUGUGAGAACAGCUGGCCUUUGUCUUGCCGAGUCCAGCAAGAACGCACAGAAGCAAACCACAAAAGAUCAGGAGUCUCGAGGGAACAGUGAUCCUGAGAGCCCGUCAGGCUUCAUUCAGGACUUGCUGGGGAUACACAACAAAAAAUCUUCCAUGAGUCACAUUCUUGCCUCUGCAGAGAGUGCACCUCAGCUUUUGGAAGUUGAGUGACCGCUAUGGCAUCGGCCACACCCCAGCAAACAGACAGAGAAUAAAGUUGACAGAGCAAACCUUUUUUGGAUGCUGAGUCAAUCUGCAGUUGUGAUGCAGGAGUGGGUGCGGGGAGAGAGUGAGAAUGGCAGUCUGGAUUCAGUGCCAUAAGCCUUUCAGUAUAAAUAAUGCAAGAGACUACAGUUAUAUACUGAUUUGAGUGCCUUACUACUUUAUUAGGUCUUUUGGUAUCGUAGAAUUUUUUAAAAACAAAACAGAUGAUUUUUUAAAUAUAUAUAUUUUAAUGAAAUUAUUUGGAGAGGACCUUUUUCAUUUAAGCAUUAAUGUUACCUUUUUGUAUUGGGGCGUGUGAGCUUGUUGUAUAUUUGUGAUAGCCGCUUUUGUGUGUUUUCCAAGCUGGAAAGAAGGGGUCAGCAGGGCAAGGAAGCCCUUGGAAACUACAGCCAAUAACUGGAAGAAGAUUUUUAAGACAUCCCCAAGAAGAAUCUAGGAUAAGGUGUUGAUUUAUUGGUUUUUCUUUUCCUUCAUUAGACUCUUGUAUUUGCCACAUGGGGGAGAGUUGAUCCAGUUGCAGGUAUUAAAGUGGUUGAUAAAGGUUCUCAAAGUUAGUUCAAGCCAAAACCAGGAAAAACAAAAAUUUCAACCUCCAUAUAUGCUUUUCUGUUUUCUUCCCCCUCGCCUGCGUUAGAAGUGAUGAUGAUCUAGCUACUGUCAUUUUUGUAAAAGGCUCUUUCUGGCUUAUUGUGAACUUAAAACAUUCAGAAAGAGUUGCAUAGUGACUUAAAAAACCUAUGGAAAUUAUGCACCCACUGUUAUAAAUAUAUAUAUGUAUGUAUGUUUGGUUUGUGCUUCAAUAUAUUAUUAUUAUUUUAAUAUUUUAUAAAUUUUGUCUGUUUGCUAAUCUCUGCGUUCAGCAGAAAACCAAUGGGCAAUAUUUGUCCACGGAGAUCUAUGACGCAGCUUGGAUUGCCUGCUUAAAUAUUUCUGACCUAAUCUCUCUCUGAUUCUCCCCAUUGGGUUUGCAGCUCUUCUACUGUAUUGACAUGGAACUCUCUUCCUGACUAGAGAAUCAAAUAGGUCUUGUUAAUGUGACCAAUCUGGGUAGACUGAAUCUUAGUGUGUGUUGGGUGGGAAGAGAGUAGGGUCACACGGGAAGUCAUGUGAAAGAUCUACAUAUGUACAGACUGUACGCACGAUAGAGGACCCCACAAAAAGUAGGGUCCCUGAUUGUGCAUAUAGUUUGUGUAUACAUAGGGUUUGUUCACUUGACCACAUGAAGGCAGGGUUUGCCACUGCCAUCCUGUCCCCUUCCUCCUGUGCAUUCAGUACAUCCAGUUGGGUCACAUGGUCAGGUUUUGGAAAUGCACAGGGGUCAGUCAUCUCAGUUAUGACAGCUCAUUGUAGGACAGUGACAGGGGAAAGGAUGGAGUGAAUUAACAGCAGACUAACAGGAAAAGUGAGGAGAAGGCCCUCCAAAUGCAUGUGGAAGACACUGCAAAUGCUAUGAAGUGUAUAUUUGAAAUGGCAAUAGUUUUUGUGUUUAUUUUUGUUAACAUUAAUGAGCAAGAUAUUCAGUCUUCCAGCUAAAAGAUGGAAAAGAAAAAUAAAUGUUAAAGCCUUAACUGAUCUUGCUACCGUAAUGUGCUUUAAAGCAAGAAAAGAAAUACUACUGGCAAUAAAAUUACAGAUAACUAUUAGACAUGUCAGAUUGACAAAAUAAACUUCCCAAGGUUUCUGAGGUUGAUGCUUAGACUCUGGUGUGUUCUUCUUAAAGUUUAACCAAGUUGGGAUUGGACUGUGUAUCCUGUUGCUGGCAACAGGAGUCACUGCAGAUUACCAUCAUUAGGACUGUGAUCCACAGACAAUUUGAGCUGGGGUGCUGUGGUGCAAGCUUUGUUUCACCCUGAUGCUAAGCCCUAUUGAUUUUUUUGGUGAGGAGGAGCCAUUAAUAUAAGUGGAAUUGCCUUCUACCUAAAUGUGUUUAAGAUGGCUGUGUUGUUACAUUCCUGUAUCUGCCUUUAAAGACACCAGCGCAAAAUUGGAUUAAAAAGCAGCUGAAGAUGUGAAUCUUUUAUCACUGCUAGAAAGGUCAGGUGCUAGUUUAAGACACGGAUGAUAUGAACAUCUUCUGCAUAUGUAUUUACUUAUAUUUGACCUUUCUACCAUAAUUAAGGUUCAUGUCUUACGUAAUGUGGCCAAAUUCUAUACCCUCAUCUUUAAGAUGGAAGUAGAGGGAGGUAACGCUGGAAUUGUCCCACAACCUCAUUGGCUACAGUGCAAAGCCCAAUACUCGACACUGCCCAUUCUCCUUGACUCGAAUGGAACCUUCUGAAGUGUGGUGGGCAGCACAACGGAGUUGAACAAAAACCAUGUAUAUGUGGUGCUGCUCCACUAGAUCACAGCCAUCACUGGCAGUAGGGCUUAAGCCAGUUGACAUCCUUGUUCAUACUGAUUUGGUGGAUCAGGCAUAUAUAGUCAAGUACAGCAGCUGUGGGUUUUGUAGAGUGCUCAGUUAGUGUCUUAUCCUUCCCUCUCAAAGGCAAAGGCACAAUGUCUCUGAAGCCUCACUGGGCUGUUCCUUCAUUUCGGGGGCCCUUUGUUCACAUCCUUCCUUGUUCUCAGGCUCAAUACCUCAAGAGACACUCCUGUGCAAGCAUUAAAUUAAAACCAUUAAAACGAAUGGGACUUGCAUAGGAAAAAAUAUCACAUCCUGUAGGCGCCUUCAAAUUGGGAAGUAUUGGAUAUUAUACCAAUCCACUCAAUAUCCACUGCUUCCUGGGUUGUCAAGUCAGUCUGCACGGGAAGAAGGGGGAAAUCAUUCUGGAGUGAUAUUUCAUAUGAACGGUGGAAGAGGGUGAGAUAUAGUUGGUUUUUAUUGAGGAUGGUAAGAACCAGUUUUGAAAGCAGAUUAAUACAAAAUCAGUACCAAUGAUUCCUUUUUUUAAAAAAAAUCUUUCUGUUAAGCGAGUCUUUUUAUCAAAGCCAGUUCACACAUCCCUUACUUUUUUAAAUUGUUAUAGAAUUAUAUUAUUAUAAUAAUAAUUAUUAUUAUUUGGGGGGUAUUUUUGUUCUUGGGAUUUUUUUAUUUUUAUUUUUUGCAACUCUCCACACUAAAUGAUGCAAUACUGUGGGGGAGAAGCCAUUAACUAAGCCAGGACGGUCAAGCCUGCCUCCUCCCCUCGACUGUCUGGGGCACUCCACAGACAUAUGUUGUGGCCUGCCAGGGCCCUAAUAAUCUCCCUAGCAGGUCACAGUACAUGACUUAUGUGCUACAUAUAGUUGGUAGAGGGGAGACGCAGGUUUGACAAGCCUGAACUAAACUUUAUGCUGCAGGAAUAAUGUAGCAAAUAAUUUCCCAGCACCCUGCCGGGACAUCUGCUAGCAAUAAUCACUAUUGAUUUAAAGCUUUAUUUAGCCUUUAUCUAUAUCCUAGUAGAUUAUAAAAUCUUGCCACAUUUUAUUGAUGUUUUUAUUAGCUGCAUUUGAUGGAGAAAGAAAAACCCUUGUCUGUCCCCCCCCCCCUUGUUGCUUGCCUUCCCUCCUCACAUUCACAACCCCCUUUCUAUUAAACUGUGAAAUUUAUAACGUGUUUAAACGAUGGGUGAAUCUUAGGCUUAGUUUUGCAUGUUCAGCUAAUUUGUCUCUCUGCAUCUCUCUGUGUUUAAUCCCCCCCCCCCUUCUCAGGGCUUUAAAAAGACAGACUUAUUUUUCUGAAAUUCUCUUGUUGGAUUUGCAAUGGAGCUAAUGUUGAGAAUACAAUCACUACAAUAAGCACUUGACUGUGAAAGCAUAAAACAAGAAAGGAAACAGAUUAAAAAUAGAGCUGAUGUUUGCAGCUAUAAUGAAACAGCUGAUCUGGAGCUAGCUCUGUUAGCAUAAUUACAGCUUCCAAACGAUUCAGAAUUGGUUGUUUCUUCCAUCACCCCAUAGAGGACUCUGGAGUAUCUCCAUGUCCAGUGAUGAGCCUGUGUGUUGCUACCCCUGUAUUGGUUGGAUUAUAAAACUGUGGUGUGCGGGGGAAGGGGAGACUGAGGAUGGAGCCAGCACUGCACUAGAUCCUCAAGCCCCUCAAAGUAAUUAUGGAGGCAGAAAGGGAUGGAAGUGAAAUAAGGACAUUGCACUCCCAUGAUGUAAUAGAUCCUUGCCUCCAUUUCUUUCAGCCGCAUAUAAUGCCGUAAUGGUUUUGAGGAGCCAAAGUAUCCAUUGCAGGUCCUCUCCUUUUACCCUCCCUGGGCUGUAAUACAAGUGUUGCCAGAGCUGGGGGAGCGGGGACUGUAUGUCUUUUCUCCACUCUUUUUCUACUCAAGAAGGAAGUUGAAUCCUAAAACUUUCAGCCCAUGCAAGGAAACAAUUAGUGUGUAUAAUUCAUAUAUGUAUGUGUUUUUUUUCUAAAGGGAACUUUAAAACUGCUGCUACAAGUUGUGUACAAAACUGGUUUAUGCCACAUGAACAGAGAAUCACAUAUUUUGUUUGGGUACUUCUAUUCCUCUUAUUCAGUCGUACGUUACUUCCAAAUUCAAAAUGAUGAAAAUAAUGCUGUUCUGUAUCAAUCUACGCAAUAAAAUGUUAUAUUUAAAAAAAACCAA